CUGGAAGUGAUCGGUUACAACACCAAGGCAGCUCGGAACCACGGCAGGUGUGCAACCAAGCGCCGACGCUCAAGAUAGCGGGCCAAGGGCGACGUCCGCCUCGGGCCUCUUCUUCGGCGGGACACCGGACGGACAUUCGGAUGAGUUCUUCGCUUUCGGACGAGUGCGCGGGGAGGAGCAGCGCAGUGCGAGGCGGGCGGCGGAGGUAGACACCAUGCCCGGCUGGAUCGCCUUCAUCCCUAUCCUCUUGGUGUACGGUUCUGUCGUCCUCACGUGGUUCCUCAAGAAGUUCCUCCGCGCCAACCCCCCCGAGGACGAGGUGCGGUCCGAGGAGCAGCUCCUUCAGCAGCAGCAGACGCAGACGGAGGGCGAGGAACACAAGGAGAAGACGGAGUGAUUGCAGAAGACGCUCGGUGCUUGGAGGACGAGGGUUUUGGGAAGGACUCGGCUCUGUGUCUGUCUGUCUGUCUGUCUGUCUGUCACGUUUCCUGAAGGAGUUCUCGGUCAAAAAAAAAGAAAAUAAAUUCGCAGGAUAGAAGAAAAAAAACUAUUGGAUUCCUUUUAGCUCCUCGCGAAUCUUAGCAACCGGAGAAAAUAAACAAAAACAAAAACAAAAAAACAACAAAGAAACUAGCAACCGGAGAAAAAAAACAAAAAACAAAGAAAUACAACAAAGAAACACCUUUCUAUGUGUAUGUGAAGAUCCAGUUGACACGUGACUUGGGAAUGUUCUAGAAAUAGCAGCUCCUUGACAGACACUCCUUGCUUUUAAUUCUCCAUCAGUAAUAAAGGUUACUGAAGGGAUUCGGAAUAGACUUCGAUCCCUUUUCUCCAUCGCCAUUUUCAACUUUUGGUGUUUAUGAAUUAUCGAUGGAAAUCUCCCAUUAAAUUCGACGAAACAUAAAGAAAACAGAACGUAAAAAGAUCAUUGGAGAUUGAAGUGAACCUGAGCAAGACAGAGAGAAAAUUGGAGACUUUUUGGACACUAUUUAUUCUGUCUUAAGAUGUCUUCAGAAGGGGAGGAGAAGCUUCUCGAUGCGUAUGGUAUAACGGUCGAGCAGCUAGACUACGGGUUCUUGAAGGAAUGCGAAGACGGCAAGACAAUCGAGAGGAUCAUUCGAAUCUUGAGAUCUGGGGAAGAAGGCUUGUAUCCCGACCUCCUCAAGUUCGCAGAGGACAGGCUGGCCGAGGUGAAUCCCGAAAGCCGGGUGCUGUUGGAAGACAAGCCGGCGUUUCGGCUUCAGGAUCUGCCGCCUGACCUUCUGCAAAACCUGGAAGCCGAUAUGGAGGCUUGGUCAGCUAAGGUCAAAGCAGAGGAAGAUGACCUGACCAGCCUGGAGGUCAUCCGAGGCCCUCUGCCCCCUGUGCGCGGGUCAGCCAGAGCAGGUUCCGCGCCACCCAGGCUCUCCUCGGAGGAAAUACAGAGACUCCUACAAGAGGCUCAGGAUUAUCUCCAAGACGACGACAUCUUCCAGGCGUCCGUGCGUUACCAGAAGGUCCUCGAGGGCGACCCUGGCCACCCCGGGGCGCUCAAAGGUAUGGCGAAGGUGCACGACCACCAAGGCUUGAAGAGGAGGCUGUCAGACGGUGGCGGUUGCGGUCGUGGCAGUGGCGUCGUGCAGGAGGAAAACAGAAAGCUCAUAGUUUAUGCUAAACUUCCCAAUCCUCAUGAACUUACGUCAUACUUUGUGCAUGUUCAGGUUUCCACUGUUAAAUUAAUCUCUUCUGAAUCCUCCAUGCUAGACAAGCACAAUAUGGACGCAAAUAUAUUCAGCAAGAAUGCUACAACCUAA